GUUUAUAUUAAACCUAGCUAGCCCCAUUCAAAGUUUCAAACAAUGGCGUCUGCAAUCUGCAACCACUCACCGAUAGCCCCAGCCGCCCAAAAGAGCUUUCCGUCCAACAAAUUUCCUUUCCGUUCCUUCUAUCUAUUCAAACAGCAAAAUGCGGCUCCAGCCACGGCCAUCCGCUGCUCCCUCCGCCGGCCGGAGUACAUCCCGAACCACAUUCCGGACCCAAAGUAUGUCCGCAUAUUUGACACCACGCUCCGAGACGGCGAGCAGUCCCCCGGCGCCACCAUGACCACCAAGGAGAAGCUUGAUAUCGCCAGACAACUCGCUCGUCUCGGGGUCGACAUAAUCGAGGCCGGUUUCCCAGCCUCCUCUGAUGCCGACUUUGAAGGUGUCCGAUUGAUCGCGCGUGAGGUCGGAAAUGUGGAUUCCGAUCAUGUGCCGGUCAUCUGUGGCUUGGCCAGGUGCAACAAGCGGGACAUCGAUAGGGCGUGGGAGGCUGUGAAUUUCGCCAAGAAGCCUAGGAUACACACGUUUAUCGCGACUAGUGAAAUUCACAUGAAGUUUAAGCUGAAGAUGACCCCGGAGCAGGUCAUUGAGAAGGCUAGGAGCAUGGUGGCUUAUGCCAGAAGUUUAGGAUGUGAGGACGUCGAGUUCAGCCCCGAAGAUGCUGGAAGAUCAGAUAGGGAGUUUCUUUACCAGAUCCUGGGAGAAGUCAUCAGGGCUGGUGCAACAACUCUUAACAUACCUGACACAGUCGGCUAUACUUUACCCAAUGAAUUUGGACAAUUAAUCGCUGAUAUAAAAGUCAACACCCCUGGAAUUGAAAAUGUGAUUAUUUCGACUCACUGUCAGAAUGACCUUGGACUUUCCACUGCUAAUACUUUAGCGGGUGCAUAUGCUGGUGCAAGGCAACUGGAAGUAACCAUUAAUGGCAUUGGCGAGAGAGCUGGUAAUGCCUCACUGGAGGAGGUUGUAAUGGCAUUGAAAUGCCGUGGAGAGCAAGUACUGGAUGGACUUUAUACCGGGAUCAAUACACACCACAUUAUUAUGGCAAGCAAGAUGGUAGAAGAAUACAGUGGUCUGCGUGUGCAGCCACAUAAAGCAAUUGUUGGGGCUAAUGCUUUUGCUCACGAAAGCGGAAUACAUCAGGCAUGGCUUGUUCUUUUGCUUGUUGCAAACCCUUCGAGGUCACGUAACAUGAAAACUAGGGUGAACUUGUGGUUGUCAUUUACUGAGAUGAUAGUUAUAGUGAAUCGUAUAGAAAGGCCCAAGUGGUUCUUAAUAAAUGGGGGCAAUUGUGUCAAGCUUUUGCCUGAUGGCUCUGAUCUAAACCUCUUAAAAUUACAACAACAACAACAACAACAACAACAACAACAACAUACCCAGUAUAUUCCCAACAGGUUGGGGUCUGGGGGUUCAGUUGAUGGGAUGCUCAAACAUAAAAAUACAUAUGAAAUUAUAUCUCCUGAAGAUAUUGGACUUCUUCGCUCCAAUGAGUCUGGUAUAGUGCUUGGAAAACUCAGUGGGCGCCAUGCUUUGAAAGCCAAAAUGUUGGAGCUUGGGUAUGAUAUUGAUGGAAAGGAACUUGAUGAUCUUUUUACACGUUUCAAAGAUGUCGCGGGAAGUAAAAAGACUAUCACUGAUGAUGACUUGGUUGCACUGGUCUCGGAUGAAGUUUUCCAGCCACAAGUUGUUUGGAAACUUGAAGAUGUUACAUGUGGAAGUCUUGGUCUUUCCACUGCCACAGUCAAACUCUCAGAUGCUGAAGGCAAUGAGCAUAUUUCUUGUUCAGUUGGAACAGGGCCAGUUGAUGCAGCAUAUAAGGCGGUUGAUCUUACUGUUAAGGUUCCUGUGACACUUCUCGAGUAUUCCAUGAAUGCAGUCACCGAAGGUAUUGAUGCUAUUGCAACAACAAGGGUUUUAGUUCGUGGAGAAGAUAGUGUUACAUCAACCCAUGCUUUGACAGGGAAGACUAUCAACCGUGCAUUCAGUGGCACUGGAGCAGCUAUGGAUAUUGUCAUCUCGAGCGUUCGAGCUUACGUUGGUGCACUCAACAAGCUGCUGGGUUUUAAGGACCGAUCACAAACUGAGGAUCCCAGUGAAAGCAAGGUUUUGCAUGCAUAUAAGUGAUGCAACUGUGUGGCUUGUUCUCGGCUAUCGUCAGUAGCCUGAAGUUGAGGUCUUUUUCUUCGACUUGUUUGAGAUAUCCUCGCAAAGAGUGUAGUGUAAUCUUGUAUUUAUUUCAUGCGUCAUUUGCAUUGCAUUACUUGACAGAUUUGCUGCAGCUAAAAAAUCGACUAUAGCAAAUUAGAGUUAAGAGGGUGUUUGGUUGAUGCUGUAAAGGCUCUUAAAAAGAUCGCAAGUAGAAGUUUUUAGUGGGUAAUUCAUAUUUGGAUUUUAUUUGAAGUGUUAAUUUCUAGAUAUCUUCGGUAGUUCAGUUUUCCUCUUAAUGGAUCACUUCAAAUUUGGUUUUAAUACAGUAAGAAUAAUUGAACCAUUAGGCGGUGAUACAAAUUGAAUUUAUAGUUUUGUGGAUUACAUUCAUACAAUGUCUAUUUUCCCAUCCGAUGGUUUAAUUUACAAAAAAACAUCAAGGACACGAAUUUCUGGUUUUCUGUGUAAAUGCAAUCUUCAAUCUCUUCCACACAAAUCUUUAGAUUAUAUAGAGUUGCUCAACGCCAG